GAAACUCCUCGCCUGGCGUCACGCGUAAAAAUAGGCGCACCGUACAAGCAUCUACCCGCAUAUUCAUUUUUAAUAUUUUCUUCACAAGCAACGCAAACUCAAACAAAUUUACGCAAUUUUCUUUUUUUAGACCUGUAGUUUUGUGCGUCUUUGAACAAAUUUUGUAACCGUGACAAUAUGGGAAACCAGUAAGAAAAGCGCGAAAAAAAUGAUGCCAGCGAACCUAGCGGUGUGGGGUGUACCUACGUUUGUUAGUGCGUUAAACUAGUUUACAGUAGUGGCAUCUAGCGACCUGUAGUGUGAAAUAGCUCGAAAGCAAUGCAGUAAAUUGUCUCACGUUUCGCUAGUGCUGAUUGGCCAGUGUUUCCUAUAUGGUCCUAUUACGAUAUUUUCUUUUAAGCAUUAUAUAUAUUUGAGAAAACAAUAUUUAUGACUUCUCAUUACGCUACUGUUAGUUUUAAACAUUAAAAUGGAGAUUUACACUUACGGCAUUUGUCUAACACGUCGUAUUGGUUAUUUGUCAUUAGUAUUAAGGUAUUUUCCAGUAAAUUUAUUCUAAUAGCUAUCUUGAAUAUUUUUUGGAUUGCAAAUUUUCCCAGCAGUUAAUUCUAAAACUUAUUUACCACUUGUAAAACAGGCACGCAGAUGAUCACAAUUAUGAACACUUGCGUAUUUAACGAUAUUAUACAUCUAGUAUAGAGUGGAUAUAUGUUGAGAAAAUUUGAAACUAAAUAGGUAUAAUAUGUAAGUGAAGUAAGUUCACAAGACAACUUAAUUAGUACCUAGUAGUGACAUGACAAGAAAACGAUAACCAACAUGGCGUGUGAGACCGCGCCGUGAUAUUCCACAGUAGGCCUUAAUAUCUUGUAUUGCAUGAUCCCUUAAAACCUAACAUUACUCGCAUACUUCUGAAUAAAUUUAGUACUUAAUCAUGCUCGAUAAAGCUUGGAAGCUUCUUUUAAAUACACCAGAUAUUUUGGUCAUUUAAACUUUAUUUAGUCGUAGUGUUUUUUUUGUUUGUUUUUUAGUACUCUAAUGUUUUGGAUAUUUUAAAAGUUUUAAAAAUUCACUUAAAGCGCGCUGAAAGGUGUUGAGUAAUAACAUUUUGUGACGUCAGAGGAGGAUAUUAAAAGUGAAACGUUUCUUUAACCUUGAAUGGCCUAUUGUUUCACGGCUAUCUUUUCUCGGUAGCUAAUAGAACGUUGUUUGUGUACUAAAAGUUAGAUUAGCAAGUUGUAAGGUUGCAGCGAAUCCCACUGACCUUUUAACUAUAAAUGUCACGUCAAUAUAACGUGUCAGCGCUUGCACGAAAGAUGUUGCCCUUUUUUUCGUCCGUAAUGUAGCGAUUGGACAGAUGUAAGACUUGUCUGCGACAUUUCGAUAUUAUCUACGCACGCAACUAACGUAAAUAUUUUUUUUUUUUCCUGCGCUAGCUCAAAUUUGAAAGUAGGUUGCUGUAACUAGGUUUAUGUCGUGUGCAUCUCGUAUUGAGUAAUAUACCAAAUAAACUUUUUCUUCUUUCUCAAAAGCAGGGCACACGUUUGUAGUGAAUAGCCUACUUCCUGCUUCUAAUUUUUGGUCACUGUAUUAUAACACACCAUUUUUACCGCCAAGUAGGUUUAUAAACAAACAUACAUAUUUGGUUUCUCGCGAAACGGAGCGAGCUGGAGCAGUGGUAAGAUACUGAACUCUUUAUCCGGAGGAACUCAAAUUCCUGUCCUUCUGACCUGGUUUACGUUUCCCAUGGAAUAACUCCACGGAAAUUCUCAAUUGCAUUGACUUGUCUUGUGCGAGAUCGUUUCUGGUGGCCUCAUCGAGGAAUUUCAUGCUGUACUAGCCGAACCUUACGGAGCCCAACUGGUAGGUAUUUACAUAGGGCCUAAUGUGCUUCCAGAAAAACUAACUUAAGCUAUUUAAUAUGUUGAAUGACGAGAGUAGCCUACUUCAAUGAUUAAAUUUAUGCUGGUGUAACAUGGGUCAGCUUUAAAACGAACUUUGUUUUUUUUUUUCUCCCUUGUAUAAUAGUUUGUUUCUAGCAGGGUUGAAAAAUAAAACGGGUAUUUUUGGUAUAGACCAGUUUUUUUUUUUUUUUAAGUUAAAACCAGGUUAUUUUGGUACUCAUCAUGUUCAAAUGAAAGCCUUACAACAUCCCGCUUUCUGCCACACAUGUUGAACCAGAAAAGUUAUAACAUCAAAGAACAGAAGUCCAGCAGAUCUUCACAUCUGACUGCAACUUAACCACAGGAACGGUAUUUCCCCACACGAGGAGGAUUCUCCAUAGAAUGGGUGUUUUCCACAUAUUGGAGAUAUAGGUACAGUACAGUAGGAAUAGGAAUCAACUAUUUCAUAUUUUUAACUCAAGAGGAGUAUUUAUUUACAACUUAUUUUGCAGUAUUUACAACUUAUUUCAGAUACCUAAUUUGAAUGAAAAUCUUGAUUAGUAUAUAAUUUUUUUGGUUUCAGUGAAUCAGAAGAAAUAUUAAUGACCAACAUUUUGUUAUUAGAGUGUAAUUAUACCUUAUAUUAAAAAAACUUAAAAUUUUCUAUUUCAAAUUUUAUCAUAAAAACAUGUUUAAUAUAAACCACAUGGUUUAAAUCAUGAUUUAAACAGUGGUUUAAAUCAGCCAACCCUGGAUUCUUGCAAUUUUGUUUGUUACCAUUGCUGUGUUCGUUUUUUUUUUUUUAUUAUUUAUUGUGUCACGUGUGUUCCGAACAAGCGAAAUCCAUCUGGAUGUAUUGCGUUUUCAUUGGCGCGUUCGCAGCGGCCCAGGGUGAAGGCCCAUAUGUCGUGUUUUGCAACUGCAUCCUUUGUGUGUGUGUGUGUGUGACCGUCCCUCCCGAGCAGUGCUCCUGGAGCGGGCCGUAUUCCAGAACGUGUCCAAACCUAAUACCAGCAAGAGCUCUUUCACGCGGGCAACUUGACUCGCUCGCUAGUUGCCGAUACCCGGCAACUGCAGUUGCUGCGCCGGAAACCUUUCAGCGGUAGUUGCGCGGCUGCUGAGGAGAUCCCAGUCAGUAUCACCCAGUGUCCGACUGUUCGCUGAAGUGCGCGCCCCGCUCGUGUCCUGUGAGCGUUGAAUCCAUUCUAAUUGCAUUGAUAGUGGGCGAAUGUGUCCUUAGGAAGAAAACCUAACUCAAGAAAACGGAUGUCAUUGACGCAUCCCAUCAAUGUUGCCAGACCAAAGGAAGGAGCCUUCUCUUUCUUAUUUCCUCAUCUUUUAACCAUAGGUAAAAUGUUUGAAAUACUUUAGAAUGGCAUUAGCAAAGUUCAGUGAACUGUACCAAAAUUUCAACACUGAUUUUGAAGUAGAAGACACAUCUGUAUGUAUACCUGUUGAGGAACGAGUCGCAGUCACAAUCAGCUAUUAAUUGUAUGAAUGGCAUGACACAAUAAAAUGACUAGAUAGAUGUAUAUGAUUGAAUAUAAAAUAGUUAAAUAUAUAUUAUCAUGAGCUAACUAUAGUAGCAUAAGUAUUUGUUAUAUAAAUUAUCAAACAUAUAUUUUAUAUUUAUUUUACACAUAAUGUAAUAAUACAUUUUAUAAAAAGUUUAAAAUAAUUCAAUCUGCCGGGUUUUGAACUUGCUACUUCUUGUACUCUUUCUUCUGUACCGUGCACUUUACCACUGUGCUACAGACACACAAAACAUGGUAGUUGCAAUGGGAAUUUAAUGGUGUUCUAAUUUUCUCAAGUACUUUAUAAGUGACUAUUUUUUUAUGACCAUAAAUGAAAUAAAAAAUUCCAGGAUAGUUUAGCUAUCAUGAAGUUUCAUUUGGCACACCGUUACGUUUGGUACGUCCUUAUAUGUUCACUUAGGUUAAUAUAUAAGUACGAGUGAAUGGCACUAUACGAGUGCCCGCCAUCUAAACGAAACCACAGAAAAAGUGAGCGCGUAUGCGCGGAAGUUUGGGCAACAGAUAGGUCUCGGGUAGGACACCGAAUUCCGUUCUCUAAAAAUAAUGUACUGGCCGUGUUCUAUUUAAGUGUUUGGGAGUGGUUUUGUGCACUAAGAAUACGGUUAGGUUUCAGGUGUAGCAUAUUCAACACCUGAACCCUUAUUUUUGUGCUUUAGAAUGCCGGCCUGUAUCAACAUUUCGGGAUACAGUUGUCUUUCCACGGAACUUCAAACUUCAGAAGCUUAGAAUCAUAAGAGUACGUUAUAACUUUUUGAUUCCCUGGGAAGUUGUUAGUUCGUGUCACAAGUGUCCGCUACUCUGAAUCAGUAAAUCAUAACAAUAUCAUUUAUUUUAGUUAGCAUUCCAAUUUUUUAAAUUUAUUUCAUUACGUUUAUAGAAAAUAUUUAAGCGUUAUACGAAUUUCCCAUGAUAAGUCGUGUUUUUAUUUCUUGUAGUGGAAUAUUCGUCGUUGAAAGCAAGGUCAUUCGAAACUGAAGCAAUUGCCAGCAAUCAGGAGUACAGUGCAAGUAACCAGCAGUUGUAAGUGGUGUUGUGCCAUCCGGGAAUACGCUCGGAGUGACAUCAUAAUGACCAGGUCGCUAAUAAGUUUAUUUCCUUAUUUAUUUAAUUCAUUUCGGCAGAGCCUUUAAGGAUGGUGGAAACCUUAAAUUAAUGAACAAGUAAGUUCACAAGUAAGAUCAUUUAAAAAUUACAUAGCAAAAAAUACCGUAAUUAAAAGUAAGACAUUAGGAAACUGAGAAACAUUUGAAACAAAAUAUUUAAGCCUACUUACAUUACAAAAAAAAUUAUAGUUUUUAAGACCUAAUUGGCUGAGCAAAUAUAUAUUUGCAAAAAAAAUGGUCUUUAAUUUUAAAUUCUCGUAUAGAUUCAUAAGUUUUCCUGAAGAGAUUUGUGAAAUAUAGUUUUAAUUAAGUCGUAUGUUUACUUAUGUUCUUUGCUGUGUUCCUAGUUCUGAUAUAAUUAUUUUCUUCGUUAAGAUAUUCGUGGCAAGUCUUUUUCGUCAGAUUAGUGGCCACGUUAGUUUUCUCCUGGAUGGAUUGUGUGGUUUCCCCUUAUAACUGCCACAUCGUUCGCCCUCGCUGAAGCAGUGCCAGGUGCGUAUUUUGGAAGUGCACACGGAAUAAGAGAUACAGUUUCACUCAGCCAAUCAGAGAAGUUCGUGACGUCAUCCAAGCCACGCCUACGCCUGACGGCACGCAUGCACUCGACGUAAGCAGAUUACGAAAGCGUGAUACGCACAGUACAUCUAGUUUUUUUAUACAACAUAUUAUCAAUUAUAAGUGAUAUAAAUAUUUUUUUUUUGAAAGUUAACAAUGGAAAGCCUGUUAAUAAAUGUAUUGAGACACUAUUACCGAGAAAAUUAAAAAAAAAAAAAAAACGAUCUACAGUAGCCAUGAACACAUUUCGCUAAGCUUCGGUACAGUUGAUUGCCGCGUCUUAUCAUAGAUGGCAGCACAGUCGCGACACAGAUGACGAAAUAAUUACAGUAAAUACUUGGCAGAUAAAUGUUACGGCAUCUUCUGCGACUGUAUAAGUUAAGUAAAAAUACCGAUAAGAAUGACACGAAACUUUAACAGGAUGCGUAUAAUAUGAUAUGAAGCUAUUACAAAUGUGUGUAGUCGCAAGAAGUCCUAGAACGUAAACUAUGGACGAAAUGAAAUGUUCGCUUGUCGCGACCGCGUCCAACGCAGGCCGGGUGGACGGAUGGCGACGCGAUGUUCGCCGGCGGCUCGUGUUUUUCCGCGCGGCCCAGCUGUUCGCCGGCCCGCCACGUCACUGCGUGGGCGCGGCCGCUGAUUGGCCCCUUAAGCUACGUUUUCCAAGGACCACGCAUGCGCGAUGCGCGAUGCGUCAUGCGCGAUGCGUGAUCGCCGCAUGCGUGAUGACUGACCUGGGUCUGUUUUGUUAGAACGCGGGAAACAAGUCUGCGCGAUGGAAGCAGCGAUCUCUGCCGUCUUGUUGGAGGAAGAUGCUGAUGAUGAUUUAUUGCUCUCCUGCUUCCUAGAAGAUGACAGCGAUAUAUUUAGAAGGAGAGAAGACGAGGGAUGUUAUAGUGUGUUGAUAUUACGUCACUUAAUUGAUAACGAAACUAAAUUUAGAGAAUAUUUCAGAGUGUCGACUGAGAUAUUUGAUACAAUAUUAGGCUUUGUUAAAGAAGACAUCACGAGAUUGCAGUGCAACAGAGUCAAAAGGCCAAUAUCUGCUGAACAGAAGUUAUGUCUUACUCUCAGGUUUAUGGCCACGGGAGAGAGUUUUCGUUCACUGGCGUUUCAAUUCAGAAUAUGCCCUAGCUGGGUAAGUAUUAUUAUAAAAGAGACAUUGCAAUCUAUUUGUUCAAAAAUGUUGAAUUCUUCAAUACCAUCACCUGACCAAGAUGUUUUAAAACGUUCUUCCAUUGGUUUUCAUCGCAAAUGGAACUAUCCCAACUGCUGUGGGUCGAUAGAUGGAAAACAUAUCCGAAUAAUCAAACCUAAACAUUCUGGAUCUCUGUUUUAUAAUUACAAAGACUAUUUCUCAGUUGUGUUACUUGCGCUUGUAGACGACAACUACAAGUUUUUAGCAAUAGAUGUUGGUUCCUAUGGAAAAGAAGGUGAUGCAGGCAUAUUUGCUAAAUCUGUCUUAGGACAAAGACUUUCAGAAGGAACAUUCAGAUUUCCUGAACCAGCUAUACUUCCUGGAACUGACACUCUAAUGCCACACGUUAUUUUGGGUGAUGAAGCUUUUCAGCUGACUUCCUCAGUAAUGCGUCCUUACCCAAGGGCACAAUCUAAAUGUGAUGAAGAAAAAGCAAUAUAUAAUUAUCGCCAUUGUAGAGCUAGACGUACGUGUGAAAACGCUUUUGGAAUACUUUGCCAAUAUUUUAGAGUAUUUUUCACUGCCAUCGCCAUCAAGCCUGACACAGUGGAUCUUCUGGUCAUCGCAUCAUGCAUAAUACAUAAUCAUCUAAGAUCUGCAAGAAUUCCAUGCCCGGGUGAAGAAGAGGACCGAAAUGUGUGUCUCCCUACUGAAAAUAUGAUACCCAUGGCAAGACAAGGACGUAAUUCUACUCAUCUUGCGUAUAGCAUACGAGACAAAUUUAAAAAUUACUUUUGCAGCCAAGAAGGACAAGUAAGCUGGCAAUUAUAUCAUGUGAGGAAAACAAGUUAAAAAGUAUUUUUCACGUGAAGAAAGGGUAAAUGCAAAUGUUAUUCUUUUCUUAAAAAAAAAAUUCUCUUUGUGCUAUAGUAAUGCUGUGUAUUUUUGUAUUUGAGUGUAAAAUUUGUAAAUAUUAUGUCAAAAUAGAUAAUUUAUUAGCAAAUGUGCCAUUAUCCUUAGUAUUGACAUAAAAUUAAGUAACUAUAAAUAGGAAAACAUAUGAUUAUAAACUUCAAAAAACAUAAUUUUUGUUGUGCAUUUAGAAGAAUAAGACAUAAUAUUAUCAAACUUAAAAAAAUAUAGAAAACAAUUUAUUGUGAUAACUUGCCCUAGGCUCACCUACUACUUCAAAAUGGAACAUAUUUUAUUUCCACAUUUCCUGGUGCACACCGACGUAAAUUAUUUUUGGUUUAGUUUAAACACUGCAUAAAAUAUUUUUUAAACUUGGCCUAUUUUUAAAUAAGUAACAACUAUAUAGAACCGUAAGUUGUUUUUUUUAAUGCAGUAAGAACUUUUUUUAAGACCACGUUUUAUGAGCCUUAGUAUUUAUUUUAUUAUUAACACAGAUAUUAAAAUCUCUACUUACCACCUUUGUUUAAAGAAGCUGCAAUUUCCUUCCACACAUUUUCUCGAACAAUAAAUACUGUCUUUGUACUUGCAGUGAUGCAAAUCAUAUAACACACGAUGCUCCCUUACUAAAUCAAUCAAUUUCUCGUCCUGUUCUGCAGUAAAACUCUUUGACUCCAUGAUAAAUCGCAUGCGUGAUCACGCUGAAGUCGGGGGCCAGGCAACUGCUGCGCGAUGCCCAUCCGCGACACGCAGCCGUGGCGAGCGGGAAACCCCCGCUUGCGCGGCCUUGGAAAUCAUCCCCGUUUCAACACACAGGUUCAAGUGCUGCGUGGUCACGCAGUGACGCAUCACGCAUCGCGCAUCGCGCAUGCGUGGUCCUUGGAAAACGUAGCUUUACGUAACUAACCACAGCUGGCGCGCUCUCGUCAUAGCGCGCAAAACCCGCCAGCAUGUUUACACCUAGUACAUAGCGGCGUGAUGGCUGUACCGGGGGAAGUAAAAUAGUCGAAGACAUCCGACCGUUCAAUUGUUUAACGUUUAUUUCUGCCACAAUGAAUUUUAAUUUAUUCCCCCCCCCCCUUCAUAAUUAUGUCUAAAAACAUUUUAUUUUAUGUUAGUAGCGUAUAGUUAAAAAAAACUGUACCACCGGUCCUACCCUAUCUGACAAGGUGAUCAAUUACUAUCUUUCACAGUCUCUUUUUUAAGUUCCAUUUAAAAAAAAAAAGUUCUAGGCAUAAACUAAACAUGUGACCAAAACUUUUCAAAUUUAUUUCAAAUCAAAAGACUGAAGUGUGGAUUUAAGAAGCUAUGAUUGUGUGUUAUUAACCUCGUCAAAGUUCAGGCUGUAAUGUACAUAUUUUAGAGAUCUGUUGGGCAGUGAAAUAUGUGAUAGCCUAUGUUCAGGUCGGCGCUUAAAAAAAUGUUUUGCGGAACUACCUGCAGGAGUUUUCUAGAUAGGCCUACUCUUAAAAAACAAACAUAGUUAAUAUUUUCUUGGUAUCCCCAACCCCUUUUUUUCCCUAUUUCGAACAGACGCUAUCUGCUAGCUAUUUUGGAAAAAUGAAACAAUUGUAGGGAGGUUUUUGUUUCUCACUGAUAAUGUAAGAAUAUUCUAUUAAUAGAAACACCUUUUCUAGUUCAUAAUAACCUUGCUGUGGAUUUUUUCGCAUAAGUUGUACCUUUUUAACCUUAAAGUAACCAGUUGUUCUUGUUACCAGAAAAAGUACUCAAUUACUGCACCUGUAAAUGGUAUUUCAAGAGACAAAAAUAAGGGUUUAUUGGUGGUAUUCCAAGACGUUCGGGUAAGGUAGCGAAUAAGCACUACCAUGUUAAGACAACCGUAACCUAACUCGUGGGACGCAAAUAAUGAACUUAAAUGUCAACAUUGUCGAGGGUAAAGUGAAAACAAAUUUAAAUGGAAAAGCAAAGUGAGAAUAAAAUUCCAUGGUAUCCACAUUCUGAAAAGUAAGAGAUCUUGAAAAGUCAUGGAGAUUCACCAGUGACAGUAAUUUGAGAAGAAAAUUACAUGCUCCAGUCUGCCAUCAUCCAGAUUGUGAAUGAAAUUUUUUUUCCAGGUUGUGUUUUGAUGCAGUCAUACAUAGGCCCUACCUACUUUAAAAUGGAGUAUAUAAGGUUUUGUUUAACUAAAGGAAGUGAAGCAAUUACUAGGCCAGUGGUUGUUGGAUGCGGUUUUUUUUUUCUUUCAGAAAAUUCUAAAAUUGAUAAAUAAAUUUUAAAAAUAAGACCGGCAAAAUUGACAUUUGGUUAAGGAAACAUCAGGGCUGUGUAACUAGGUACAGGUUUGUCUGGACACCCUGAACUCAUUCAAGAAAAAUUUUAUUACAGGAUUCAAAAUAAAGUUUAAACUUAUUUUAUAACUUAUUAUAUUGUUAGCUCUCGCGUAAUUUGACUGAAAGCUAAUGAAGUACAGUGUUAUUUUACAUAUUUAAAAUGUAUUCCUUUCAUUAGUCCUUAUAUGCGUUCAGGUGGUAAUAUUUACAACCUUAAUACUAUUUUCACCCCAUUUUUCCCCGAUAAGACCCGCUACACUUUUGGGUGCAGAAGUGGCAAAAGGUUCUGUUAACGCGAACAAAUUCGGUCUCAUAACCUGCGCAGUUACCGCUCACAUGUGCCCUUGUCGCUAUGCGCCAGGCGCUUUUUGCGUGUGAUCUUGCUACAUACGACCUCGGAACAGAGAGUCUUCUAAAGUUCACUAUAGUCCUCGGUGGAAUUUUUUUUUUGUCUUGCUAUGACUUUAUAGGUAAAAUUUCCGCUAGCCUUGCGAUGUAAUAAAAUCUGCGAAGUCUAAUAGGUAGUAUUUAAAUAGUUGAUUGAAGUGUGGUAUUAAAUUAGUUUGUGUUAGUGUUUGCAGUGGUUUCGUCGAAGCUGCGUUUGUUUUGUUAUGGAAAUGUUCGCUUAUUGGUGACUCUGGUAUUCACUCUUGGAGUGAGUAGCUGUGAUGAUAACCAGUAGCUGGCCGGUUGCACUUUGGAGUUCCGACCAAGAUCGUAUCCGCCAAUUAAGGUAUGGGACUGACACAGAAUUGUGGCGCCAUUAUAGGCCAACACUCGACAUGACUUCGGUUGUAUUUUUAACCGCCCAAUUAUGAGUGGAAGACUCGAUCAGAGAAGUGUUUGCUUCAACGAAUUAAUAUAGCUAUUGACAAUUGUUCAGGGCUAUGCCUACCCGUGCACACAUACAGUGUGCAGAGCUUCAGGAAAAGCAACGCGAUUUCAAAACUACUCAAGAUAUCUGAGUGGGGUCUGUUUACGAAAAGCAUUCAAGAGUUCGCUGAGGGCCGAAAAUUACUUUCUAUUUCGGAUUAAGUUUUUAAAAGAGUUUUUUUUAGAAGAGUUAAAAUGGCUAAAACGCAUGUUUUCACAGUAAUUUUUAGGCGUAAAAAACAGUAAAGAUUCUUGAAAGCACUUAAGGGACUUGCAUUACACAUUUAUCGUUUUUCUCGGCCAUAUAAUGCUACGGUCACCGCUCAAAUUUCACAGUUAUCCUGUGACGACACGAAGACUGCGCGUCAGUUCAGAGCCUUGCGCUUAAGGGCUAUACCGCGCUAGAAAUACCAUCGAACGUCGCGCUUAUCCCCCCUCACUAACACACAUACAGCCCUGACGAGGUGGACCACUUAACGUUUGUUUCAUCGGUACGAUAACAUAAUUAAAUUCGGGGUCACUGGCUUUUAAAUAAGAGUUGAUAAAAAGAAAUAACUCUAUAGCGCAGCUUAAAAAUUAUCUUAUUAACUACGGUUUUGGUCAGAGAUUAUGUGCAAAGAAAUAAUUUUUAACUAACCAUUGGAAGUCCUCUGUAUUGUUUGUAAAUUGUCUUUCGAACUUGAAUUUUUUAAAUUUUCUGUGAAUAAAGAAAUACAACCAAUAAGAUGACAGUAAGAUGCCAAAGAUAUUUUAGUUUAUUUUAGCAUAAGACAAAAGUGAAAUUAGCCACCAGUACAUUCAUAAGCGAGUUUUUUUUUCUUCUGAGAGAACAUUUAUAUUCGAACAUUUAGGUUAUUCAGUGUUUAUUGAUAUUAAGACAUAAAAGUCAAAGGCAUUAAAAAAAAUUUAAGUUAAUGCAUAAGUAUAUUAUUUUUGUCUUUUAUUUAAACUGUUCAAGGCAUUGCAAAACAUAACACGGUUUUUUUUAUACCUAUGGUAGGCUAGUGUUCAGAAAUUGUGUAGCAAAAUAGCUGUCUGUGAUAUCUUAAUUCGUGGGCCAAUGAGAAUGAAUAUUUCGUAUUUCCACUGGAACUCGCCAUUUCAGCAAAUCUGAGAUCGAGAAUCUGAAAGUUACGUUCGUGCAACAAUGAUUUAAGUCUUAUCAUUGUUACGUUAUAUUUUUAGAUAUAGCAUUUAACUAGGAACACGUAGGGUGUGUUAAAAUACUCAUCGGUUACGGCAUUUAUGUCAGGCUUUCAUACAAUCCUUCCGUGGCUUUGUGGUGGCGUUGUAAGCUUUGGUUUCACUGCUGUUCGGCGUGUAACUACCAGUGAAUACGACGUUAGAAUGCCAGUAGUUAUUUUAGAAAACUCAGACUCUGGAUAUUUGCUGAAUGACAAUCUUGAUAAGUUUACUUGCUGAUGCGAUCAAUAUUUGUUGUGCUAUAACCGCAAUAAACUUAGAUAAGUCGUAGAUAACUUCUGACCAAUGGGAAGCGGUAUGAAGUCCAACUAACGCCACUCACGUGAAACUUUUGCAAUUAUUUUCAGAUACUAAGAUUUUGAAAGUAAACUGAAAGGUUGAAUGACAAAAUGUAUCUUAAUGUUGAUUAGAGAUGUUCGGAAAAUUUUCUAUAAGACGUUUAACCACAUUUUCCCGAACAUUUUUCGUAUUUCCCAAUACCAACAUAUAUUUACGUAAUUUAAGAUAAUUUGAUGUACUAAGAUAAUGGUACAAUAUUUAUAUGCCGUGGUCUGUACGCAUGAAUAGUGUUUAGUAUUUAUCCUUUAUUACGAAAUCAUCAUACCACUUAUGAAAUUUACGUUACGCCUAUUAUUAUAUUACAGAACAUGCAAGACAAUUUCAAGUUAAAAAUAAAUAUAGUUUAAAAAAC